AGAGGACGGACGUUUGAAGAGCUAGCCCCGACUCCUUGGUAGCCACCGUGGCAGCUUGCAGGAUAAAUGAGUGCUAGCGAAGGUGCAGAGGUUGAUGCCAAAGGCCGCUCCGCGCUGCACCUUGCCGCCCUCUCCUGUGAGAUGGAGGAGGUUGAGCGCCUAGUGACUUCAGGAGCUGAUAUUGAAGCCACAGACAAGAAAGGCUUCACUCCAUUGCAUUUGGCAUCCGAAGUGGGCCACCUGGACGUGGUCGACCGGCUCACGGAAGCCAAGGCAGACUUGGAGGCGAUUGGUGGCUGUUUCAGCCGAACUCCACUGCACUUGGCGGCGGAGAAGGGGCACUGUCAAGUGGUGGACCGACUCCUGGCGGCAAAGGCCGCCGUGGAGGCACAGGACCAGUAUGGCCGCACGCCGCUGCAUCUGGCGGCAGAGAGCGGCCACCCCGCCACGGUGGACCGGCUCGUGGCGGGUGGCGCCACCGUCGACGUGAAGAGCUUCAACGGUCAGACGCCUCUCCAUUUGGCAGCCGAAUACUGUGGCCAUCCCAAAUUGGCGCAGCGGCUCCUGGACGCCGGGGCCGACCUCAAGGCCGACUACCAUGGCGACACCCCUUGGCAAUGCGCCAGAGAGAACCACAAGGACGAUGUGGCCUUCCUUCGCGGUGCCACUCCUGCUGUUGAUGAGGAGGAAGGCUGGUUUCCGCUGCACAGUGCCACUUUUGACAACGACGUGGAGGAGGUCGAGCACCAGCUGGUGGGUGCCAACAUUGAAGACGCAGAUAAAAGAGGCUUCACUCCAUUGCAUUUGGCAUCCGAAGUGGGCCACCUGGACGUGGUCGACCGGCUCACGGAAGCCAAGGCUGACUUGGAAGCGAAGGGCGGCGAGUACAGCUAUACGCCACCGCUGCAUUGUGCGGCGCAGAGUGGCCACCCCGCCACGGUGGAUCGGCUCCUAGCGGCCGGCGCCGCCGUCGACGCGAAGGACAACAAUGGUCAAACGCCCCUCCACUACGCGGCCCACUACGGCCGCUCGGAGGCGGCGCAGCGCCUGGUCGACGCCGGCGCCGACGUCGACGCCCAGGACGUCAUGCGCACAACGCCCUGGGUGUUGGCCAGAGAGACUGGCAAAGCGAGGCAGAUGGCGCCGGUUCUGCGUCCCGUGUAUGUCUCUUCCCUUGGUGGACGCAACGUGCCCUGUGGUCACUGGCCAGAGCGGCGUGUGAUUGAGCUCAAAGAAGAGGCCGAGCAAAAGCUUGGCUGCAAGAUUUGUGAACUCAUCGCCAGCUCUGGCAAGCCUUUGCAGGAGAGGUUGACCCUGGAAGAAGACGGGGUCAACUGCUGGGACCAUAUCACUGCCGUUGCUUUGGUGCCAACAGAUCCUACAGAGUCCACAGACCAUCAUGCUUCUGGACGCCAGUCUGGUGAGUUUGCAGCUGGAGAUGCACGUGGCAGCAACCAGGAGACACAGGGAGGAUAUCUUGGAGCUGUUGGAGCCCUUGGACCUCGGAGCAAGUACGAUUUGCAAGACCCGCAGCAGCUGAUCCGGCUUUUCCUCGACGCAAAGAUUGGCUUGAUGCGGUUGGAAUACUUGCAGGAGAUGCUUGCCGCAGAUCGAAGGUUCCCUCGCAGGCAGGAAGCAGACUUCGAAGUCACGGCUGCAGGCCUUCCUGCCAUCGUUCAACCAUCAGAGUUGCAGAGGGUGGAGAUUGAUGCCGUGGGCAAUAUGAGUAUGUGCAUAAUGGACCCAACACCCCGGAGGGUGACGGUGCUUAUCGUGUCCAUCUCUCACGUUUGGGAGAGCAUGGAGCAUCCAGACCCACAUGGGUUUCAGCUCCACCAGAUUGUCCAAAAAUGCCCCCCCGUCACCUCCACUCGUUCAGUUUGGAUCUUCUACGAUUUUAGCUCGCUUUAUCAGUACGGUGGCCGAACUGACCAGCAAGAGAGAGAUUUCAGAGAAGCUCUGGAGCACAUGCAUACCCUCUACGCUCAUGAGGCGGUCAAGGUCCAGAUAGUGGAAGAGCUCACUCCUGAGACGUGGAAGCGUCCAGGAAUUGUCAAUGCUUUCUCUGAAAAGGCAGGGCGUGUGAUUCCUAUCCCCAUUGACCAACUCACGGCCAAUAUGACACCUUGCCGGCUCCGAGGAUGGUGUCAAGCCGAACGGCAAUGGUCAAGCCUGCGGAUUUCACUAGCAAGUUGCGUUCCAAUGCCGCCGGACCUAUUCCGCCGCAAGAUGGAAGAACAAGGUCUGCGUUUUACUCACCAUGAUGACAAAGAACUUGUUAUGAAGCUCCAAGCUCAGGUCUUUGCAGAGAAGGUCUUGACCACCCGCCAGUUGAUGGCUGAACUCUUGGACAAAGAUGCUCUCGACGGUCUUUGUGAAGCUUUGCCGUUCUACGCAGAUCUAGAUGAGAUCGUAGUUACUGGCAACCUCUUGCCAAGGAAGGCAGCUGUGGCAGUGGCCAAGACCAAUGCGCGAUCCUACCAAAUGGAAUCCUGCGGACUCCAAGAUGAAGAUGUGGAAGAUGUAGUUGCAACACUGCUACAUUGCGACAAGGUCGAAGAGUUGAGGCUAGGACGCAACAACAUUGGGCACAGAGGGCUCCAAGCCUUAGGGGACUUGAGGAAGGCAAAGCCCAACCUCUACAUCGAUGUCCUAGACGAGAGGAAUCUCAGGAAUGCUGAUUUUGCACCUGACAUGAAAGACGAUGCCCAGAUCAACGUUGAGACGCCGAAGAUGAUAUCCGUUGCCAGCCCAGCUCGUGCUGUGCGCGUGUGAAUGCUUAGAUGAGGCCCGGUUCCUAGCACUUAUGGGUCUAGAAAAGAUCCUGGCUUUUUGAGUCCUUGUCACUGAGGAAAAGGAUUCAACAGCCGUAGUAAGUGCUUCCCGUUAGAGGUAGAGGGCGGGUGAGAGAAGUUUCAGAGGCUUGAAUGCUCAAGAUGAAUGAUGCUUCAUGUGAUGUUUACCUUUAAGUAGCACUUUUUCUACACCUUUCUCAAGUCCCAGGGGCUGUCACUCCAAGUCCGGCCACAGUCAUGAUGGUGUUUCAUCUCCAAUCCAAGGCUACCAGCGAGAUGGCUCCCGCUGGUGCUGUUUUGGUCACCUUUGGAAUUCGUGCACGUGUGCACGUGCCGGCAAG